AUGGAGAAGACUUGCAGGACAAUGCAGACUUGCAGAUUCUGUAGACUAGAACCGUGUCGCCUUGAGCUUCUAGCUCACGAGUUAUAUUGUGGCGCGCGCAAGAAACUCAGUCAGUAUCGCGAGUGGGUCAUGCUGAAGUUUUCGAAGGGGCAAGUCGGCUUAAACCAUGACCCACUAGGACAGCAAAGUAUUGCGGCGUCGGUGACAAGGCCGCAGAUAGUAAAAAUAAAAACGUCAAUGUCACGGAUACCGGUCCCCAUAGCCAGAGCCAGGAAGGGGAAAAGUUUGAUGAAACAAAAUGAAAAUAUUACUGGGGCUAUUCCCAGGGUGAAAAGAUAA